AGUAGAAGCAAAUAACUCAACAGGCAAAACGGGAACCAUGCCCAUUGUGCAGGUGGCUCAAGUCCAGUUCAAGGACCUUGUAGCGCCCGAGGAAGUGGAAGCGCUCUGCGAGGAGGCACUUGCGCUCAAGGACCACUGUCUCCACCCGACAACGAAGAAGCCGCUGGUACGAUCGGUAACUGGCGGUGUCGAUAACAGCACUGAGGGACAGCAGGGGGGCAUGACGCACGUCUUCAUCCUGGAGUUCGACAACGAAGAAGAUAGGAGGGUGUAUCAACAGGAGGACGAGCGGCACCGCAAAUUUAGCGAGGACCUGUCAACCCUGGCGGCCAAGGUGACCAUGGUCGACUUUUGCCCGGGCGUCUUUUGGAAAUAGUGCUGUGGUACGGGUAAGAAUACUGUACGUGGUGGAAUAGGUGGGCGUCGGUCUAGCAAAUGGGGGUUUUUACGGCGUAGUUGGUGAUGUGCUGAAGGCGGUGGGAGUAUUUGUUGUCCUGGGUCCAUGGUGGAGGAAAUGACCUGGGGAAAGGCAGAGUGAUGAAAAGGUGCUCCCUAUGUGUAGCGGCACGUUGUAUCGUAGCAAAGAGA